UCCUUUGUUUUUUUUUUUUUUUCGUACUGUUUCGAUGACUCUUUUACCUUCCCGUUUCAUACGCUGCGACAGCGUAAUUCCACACGCCUUGUUUCAUAGGCAGGCCUCUUUUCCACACCCCUUCCCCGGGAGGAGCGUAUUGUCGACGCUAAGAAGGUAAAACAGUUGAAUAAAAGGAAGCUUUAUAGGACCCGAAUUCUCUUCUCUCGCCGCGUCCUUGGUUCUCGCCUUGCCGCCCACCUCCGGACUUCGCUUUGCCAUCGCGGUCCUCGUCGCCCCCACGCUCAGCUAAGAUUGGGUCUGGUGCAAUACAAAAGAAUACACUAAGAAAGUUGAAGAUGGGCGAUUCUUCUGAUUUCACCUUUUGCAAGGUUGGUUCACCGGUGGAUGAUGACCAUUUGGAGUCACCUAAAACCAUUCCUGACAUUAAGAAAAUCACUCUCAAAGACAAUACUCUGGAUGGAAUUAGCAUUCAGAAGAUUAAUAAUUCAAUCGAGACUGAUUCUUCAUCGAGUAAUAAGUUCAAACUGAAGAAAUCAGCAACCCAAGAAACAGUGAGAGAACCUGGAGAUUUGGUGACGGGGUCACAGGAUCAGAAGCCUGUAAUCAAGAAGUCCACUGUGAGAUCAAAGGUUCCUCUUGAGAAAGGUUACAGCCAAAUCAACUGGCUAAAACUUACUCAUACACAUCCUGACCUUGCAGGGCUUAAGGGCCAAUCAAAUCGAAGGCUCAUUUCUAUGGAUGAAGUGAGACAACAUAAGACUGAAGGUUCUAUUUGGACAGUUUUAAAAGGUCGUGUGUAUAACAUUUCCCCCUAUAUGAAAUUUCAUCCUGGAGGUGUGGAUAUGCUUAUGAAAGCAGCUGGAAAAGACUGCACCUCAUUAUUUAAUAAGUAUCAUGCAUGGGUGAAUGCUGAAUUCCUUCUGGAGAAGUGCCUUGUGGGAGUGUUAGAUGAGAGCUGAUGGCUAACUUGAAGCUGUCUUCUGAUUGAUAAGCCAUUUCCGCCCCCAGAUCAUUUACCAUAUUUUACAGGAUUGUAAAGCUCAGAACGUAUUAAUCAUACAGUACAAUUUCCUCUAAUUUUUUGGUAACAAGUGCAAUUUCCUUACAACAGAAAAGGUUCGAAUACUCAAUAUACUUUGCUGGCGGUCCUAUUGUGAUAGAGAUUAGAGACUUUUGGUAUAAAAGGACUGCUGCAGGAGGAUUUAUUUCGAACUGGAAACUAGCCAAUGAUUAUCCCAGAAAAUUUUAAUAUUGAUAACUCAAAGAUGUGGCAUCUUCAGUUGUAGUACAGUAAGGUGUUCUUCAUGGUAAAACUGCAUGAGAGGGUUGGUGGGAGCCUUCUGCCGCAACUUGCCGGCAAUGAAGAAAGAUCUUGUUAACCCAAAAGCACUUUGUUUAACUUAAUAUGGUGAUGUUAUUACUAGAUUAAUUUUCAAUUGUCUCAAUAGUCAACAAGGAUUAAAAAUAUGCAUUAGUUUUUGUAUCAGUGUAGAAGUCCCCACUGGGUGCAUGAAGUAUGCGGCGUGCUCCAAGUGGAAGUCUGUAUUUUGUUUGAGGGGUUUCUCGUUUUGGCUUCGACCUCCCUGAGUACACCUGCCUCGAAUAACAAAUUU